AUGCCACCAUCAAAUGUUAGACCUAUAGCAAAUGAAACUAAGCAACAAACGUCUCCUACGUGGCUUAUUGAUAUAUGUCUAGAACGAGUCCUUGAGACAAAUCUUCGACAAACGUCCAACGACGUGCUACCUCGUCUCCACGACGAUAAAAGCACCCAUUUGCUUGAUGCUUCAUAUGAGAUUAGACAACCGCUCAAUUUCCUUCCUUCACAUAACCGAAAAACUACAAAUACGCACUUCACGACAUACCACUGUUUGUGUUUCAUACAUAUACAUGAAUUAUAA